CUCCGGAGGAGGGUCAGAGUUCACGCCCCUCUCUGGGGAUACCUGCUCGAAGCCGGGGGAUGCGGGAACUAGUGGGUGGCGGAUGUCCUUCCGGUCCUGAAUUUUAAGGGGCAAAGGAUAUACGCUGAGACUGUUAAUUCCGCCGAGAGCUAGGAGGUGGGAAGAAGUUGUGUGGGCGGGGUCAGGGGUGAAAGGUCAGAGGGCUGCAAAGGGGGCGGAGCGAGCCGGAGGCGGAUGGCGGCUGAGGCGGCUCAUCAUCUUUGGCGGCAGAGGCGCUGAAGCGGGGACGCGGGUCGGGCGCGUCCGGCAGUGGAAGGAGAGCGGCGGCCGCUCCCAACAUGCACAGCCUGGCGACGGCUGCGCCCGUGCCUACUGCACUGGCUCAAGUGGAUAGAGAAAAGAUCUAUCAGUGGAUUAAUGAGCUGUCCAGUCCUGAGACAAGAGAAAAUGCUUUGCUGGAGCUGAGUAAGAAGCGAGAAUCUGUUCCUGACCUUGCACCCAUGCUGUGGCAUUCAUUUGGUACUAUUGCAGCACUUUUACAGGAAAUUGUAAAUAUUUAUCCAUCUAUCAACCCACCCACCUUGACAGCACACCAAUCUAACAGAGUUUGCAACGCUCUGGCGUUACUGCAGUGUGUGGCCUCACACCCAGAAACCAGGUCAGCAUUUCUUGCAGCACACAUCCCACUUUUUUUGUACCCCUUUUUGCACACUGUCAGCAAAACCCGUCCCUUUGAAUAUCUUCGGCUAACCAGUCUUGGAGUUAUUGGGGCCCUGGUGAAAACAGAUGAGCAGGAAGUAAUCAACUUUUUAUUGACAACAGAAAUUAUCCCUUUGUGUUUGCGCAUUAUGGAAUCUGGAAGUGAACUUUCUAAAACGGUUGCCACAUUCAUCCUCCAGAAGAUCCUCUUAGAUGACACUGGUUUGGCUUAUAUCUGUCAAACAUAUGAGCGUUUCUCCCAUGUGGCCAUGAUCUUGGGUAAGAUGGUCCUGCAGCUAUCCAAAGAGCCUUCCGCCCGUCUGCUGAAGCAUGUAGUGAGAUGUUACCUUCGACUCUCGGAUAAUCCCAGGACAGAGAAGAGAUAUGACCGUAUGUGGUUUGUCUGAGACAGAACUGGAUUUACUCCUUUUGACAUCGCAAGUGCUGAAUUAAAAAAAUCCAUCAGAGUUGUAUCUCCCCACUGUAACUCUGUACCCUACUCUAAAAUUCCAGAGAGUCCAGACAGUUCCCAGGGAACCUUAUGAUACGUUACGCCUGUGGUUUGAGCUUUCUAUUGCCACUCCAGGUGGUCAGAAAGAGAAGUCUGUUUUCAAAGAUCUCUAAGAAAAGAACAGAGCCCAGAGGGCUUUUGAAUUAUAUUUCCAGUUCUCUCUUCGAUUCCUGUAAAGUCCUUGAGCUAAUUAUUUUAUCUCCCUCUGUUUGUAAUCUUUCUGCCAAAAAUCAUACAUCAUAGGUAUAAUGCAUUUUAGAAAUGUUUGACCUUUUGCAUUGUAAAUUCAUAAUUCAAACUAAAAGCCACUUGCUCAGAUUCUGCUAAACCACAUAAUGGGAUGAUUUCUGUGUUCCUAGGAACGGGGAUAACAUGAUUUAAUGUGAAUUCAGCCUCCUCCCACUGAAGUUAUUCAAACCCUAGCUGUUUCUUCAGCCAUUUUGUCCUGUUCUUCAGUGGUUCCUGUUUUCACCAAAGUUUUAAAAUAGUUUAUUUAAAAUACUACUUGUACAAAGAAACUAGUCUGAGUACAGAAGCCAUAGCUUUGUUUAAAACAGCCUUAUAAAUAGUUAACAUGUACCUUUUUGAGGUUUUCAGAUUUGACUUUCUGACGGUCAUCUUUUAAAGAAAAUGAAAUAUUUAAAAGUUUAUCUGAUAAUGCUGCUACCAUAGUUUUGUUUUUACUGCUCAUCUCUUAUUAGAGAUUUUAACUUUAAAACUGAGGCAGUUUUUGGAAAGACAAUUUAUAUUAGUUUAGAAUUAAAGUUCUUUAAUUUAUCAUACUAUGAGGUAGGUCAUAUCCCCUGUUAAUGUACUGAUUUAGGAAAUGUCUCAUUUACUAUAAUCCAUGUAUUUCUAACAUGAGUAUGUUGACAAUAUUUACUGUAAUAAGUCAGAAAGCAAUUUGAAUGAAGUAAACUAUUUCACCACUUUAUUCCAUUUCGCCUUGUCAUAAAAUUCUACACUGGGGCAUUGUUCUGAAACUGAGCCUAUGCCUAAUAUAAGCUUUAAGGAAUUUUAGUGGCUUCUUAAAGUAACUCGACAGAGCUGUAGAUUCCCAGGAUUCUGUAUGUUUAUGUCUAAGGAAGGGGCUCUUCACUGUCCCCCAAAUGUGAGUUUAUGUGUUGGU